CCUACCUGUAAAAGAAGGUGACUUGUACGCAUGGUCACUGCGCACCUGUGUAAAACAUGGCGGCCCUAGCAGACGACAUCGUCCUGAGUUUUCACGAUUCUUGCCUCAAAAAGUCCGACGUCAAACUUCUACAGCCGCCGAACUGGUUGAAUGAUAAGAUAAUAGGCUUUGCGUUCGAGUAUUUUGAAAGAGUGCAGUUCCAGGACUUUUCAUCAGAUGUCACUUUUAUUAGCCCUGACGUCACACAGUUCAUCAAGUACAGCCAAGGAGAUGACCUGGCACCAUUUCUUGAACCACUGGAGCUGUCCUCCAAGAAGUUAGUUUUCCUGGCUGUCAAUGAUAACGCCAACCUAGAGUCUACUGGUGGCUCUCACUGGAGUUUACUACUGUACAGACGAGAUGUUGCAGAAUUUCAACAUUACGAUUCCGCUCAGGGAAGUGGCAAUUCAGCUCCAGCAAAACUCCUGGUUAAAAGAGUUCAGCCUUUCCUAGGACAAUCAUCGAAAAUUACCGUUAAGGAGGUGGAUGCUUCACAUCAGCAAAACAGUUAUGACUGUGGAGUCUAUGUCAUCAGUAACACUGAACACCUGUGUAGACAGUUACUACAGGGGGACAGCAGUGAUAUCAAGGAGGCUGUCACCAGUACAAGCGUCAAACAAAAAAGAACACAACUUCAGGAACUUAUAAGCUCCUUAGGGAAAUCUUAGUGUCUUAGAUUUUUCAAUAUCUGCUUUCUCUCUGAAAGAAAAACCAACAUAUAAUACAAUGGACAUUUUUAGUCCAGUGUAUACAAGUACCAUACUUGGUAGUAAGAUAGAUGUAGUGAAAGCAACAUAGCAACAAUGGAAUGCAAAUGUAGUUCUGCCUCCUUGGUUUAACUUUGUCAGCUUGUCAUAAGUUUACAAUUGAGUCUCAUUCACAUUUUGAGGGAAAUAAAAAUGUAACAGUGAAUAAG